CGUUUGAUCCAUUCUUACUUGUAUCAUAUUCCCCACUCGUCCGUCUACCUUUGCGUCCAAAUCGAACCUUACUUCAAUCCGAUCAACCAUCAUGAGUCUAGCACAGGCGGCUGCUAUCAAGAGUGACCGUCCGUCUUCGACGCCCACCUUGACAGAAUCCACCACAAAGCAACCCGAACACGAGACUGGGAAGAGUGAACAAAAGACGAAGAAAAGAGGAUUGUUCGGACUUGGCAAGAAGAAGCACGAAGACAAGACGUCCACGCAGAGCAGUCCAAAAGCGGAAUCGAGGCUCGCAAGCCCACCCAAUACUAUUAGCAGAGAGGCAACGAAACGAUCCACGACGUCCCGGACACCUGUUGAGAGCCCAAAGAUGAUACCUUCCUCACCAGGACGGGGAUUUCAUUCCUCGUCCCCGCGGAUGAGCUCACCAGCCGGGUCGCAAAUAUUCGAGCGAGACGUGCAAGAGAGUGCCAUUCUACCCACUUCACCCGCUAUUCCAUCACAUAUACAAACAGAGAACCAUAUCCCACCAGUUCUGGAUGCCUCCUCAGAAGCCAUUACCGACGACCAUCUCAACCCUGACUCGGUCGAGAUCGUUACACACAUCUCCCACCAGCCAGCCGCCGUCACUGUGGCUGGCGCGCCACUCUACGAGAGCAUUUCUAGUUCGUGGACAGAAGACCUCACGGCCCUUUCGGACAGGGAAGAGUCGGCCUCCAACUACGGGUCGUUAGACUCAACUGAUGUGCGGCGUCUAAGCUUCAUCUCGUUUGCUGAUGUCGUGCAGGCUGAGCAAGGCCCCCCUGGACUAGCUACAGGAAGCCGGGAUUCAAUGCAUCUAGCCGGUUUGACAUCGCUAGCCUCCAUGGGCGUCAACCGCUCACCCUCGCCCAUAAGAUCACCGGUAUCCUCGCAGGCACCAGAGACGUCACCGCCUAACAGCAAAUCCGGGUCAAUUAAAGGAAUUAGCUUGUCCCCCCCAAGGAAGCCGUUGGGCAGCCCCACCUCGACGGAAUACAACCUUGGCCUAACUACGGGCGAGCUGGCUAUUGAGACCAUGUCGCAAGCGCUGAGACGCACAGGUAGCACCGACCUCAGCGCGGCACGGAGUCAUCCUAUUAGUCCCAUUGAGGGGCCAUCACGGUGAUCGUUUGCAAACCAUGUGUUGUUGUUUUUCAUAGGGGGCACAAUGUAGUUGGCUGGAGUUGAGGUGUUGGUCCGGUUGUGUUCAAGCGGCUUUGAGGAUGUCUGCAUGCUAUUCGACCAAAUUUUUUUUUUGUGAUGCAUAUUCUUCACAGCUGCUUGACUGCUUUCCACGGUCGAGUUUUUGUUUCGAGAUACACACCAUGGAUACCAUUCGACCGACCCGUGUUUCUGCUUCCCUAUUCGCCGCCUCCUUUCCUUUGAGCUCCUCGAGAGGGAUAUUGAAGAUGAAAGUGUCUUGCAGGCCAGUGGUUCUCGUUA